UUGCUUCUAUCAUUAACACUAUAAGUUUCGAUUUUCUGGAACCUUUCUCUUCCCACAUCAAUAAGCAGUAUGUUGUGUGAUUGUAAAUGUAUUGAGUCGAACAGUUAAAAACAAAUGUAAUUCUAUUACUUUUAUGAAUGGUUUAUUCUUCAUUAUUUCAAAAAUGAAUCAUUGUCUUUUCUCUUUUUAUUUAAUUGAAAAGUGUUGCUCUGGCACGUCGAUGUUGCCAUCAACCCGCACGAUUUCGUCAUCGCAACAUGUAUUUGAUCAGUAAAGAUCAUUUACCUCUUGGUAAGUUGUAAUAAGCAAUUUUUCUUGUUCCGAUGCGGGGCACGAUAUUUCUUCUGUCCUUACGCGUUUCAUUUUUUCCCCUGUUCUUUCCGAGCCUUGGAGUGAGCAAUGUGCCGUUGCAGCCGCGAUUUCGUGCUUUUUUGUCCUCCAAGAUAGGCAUCGCUUCUCGGCCUUUUCGGCUAAGAUCAAAGUGUAGUAUCUGUUCUCGUCGGUUUGAAAGCCGGCGCUGGUCCCAUUGGGACCAGGCUCUUUCAAGCAGAUUUUUGGAUAUCGGCCAGGGUCACCCGGGUUCACUCGGACCUGUGCCACGGAUCGUCUCGAAACUGCAGUGCCGUCGAGUUCGGUCCACUCCCGUCUCCUUCGGGAAACGGGAACCCUCUUCUUAUAAAAUUAAAAAUUAAAAAAAAUAUCAAGUUCGAUCUAUUUUCACAAAUUCCUUAAAUACAAAAAUUACAUUUAGUAAUGAUUUAGUAAUAAAGCAAAUGAUUUCAUCGUUCGCCUGUUUAAAUUUCGAUUUAUCUAUAAUGACAAUAGAUCGAAAAAUCAUGAUCUUAUUUUGAAAUCUUUCAAAUUUAGAUACUCUAAAAGAAUAAAUUCUUUGUCAUUUUAAUAGUACAUUAACAAGUACUCGACCUGCUUCAUCAAUUAGUUCAACCACAUUCGGGUCUUUAAAAUGCGAUGAACCUGUUCGAGUUGAUCAACUCUCAUCAUUUGAUAUAUUAAAGAUCUGUUAUGCUCUAUUAAUCCGAACAUUAGAUUUAUUACAUCGAUUAACACUAAACGAUUGA